GGACGAGGGGCGCGUGGAUGGCUUCAGCGGCGGUGACCGUUCUCAGGGCAUGCGAGAGCUAGCGCAGGCGCUACGACGCUUUGGUGAGGCCUACGAGCGCGUGGAGACAGCGAAGCUGGAGCAGGCCGCCGAGAUUGAGCGCCAGCGUCUGGACUUCGCACGGGAGCUUGAAUCGCAACGCGUGCAGUUCUUCCUCAAUACGCAGAAGGAGCUCUCACAGGGCAAGAGCCACAUCUCUCCCGCUGCGGCUGCCUCCCACUCCCAGGUAGGUGCCGCCACUGUUGGUGGCUCAUCUAGGAGGAUGGCGUCCGCACCAGAUUCCACAUCGAGAAGAAUGGCACCGUUUCCUGAUGCCCGGACGAGCAGCAAUCACCAUGACCGGUACCGUGCCAGCGACGGUAGCAGACACCAUCACCGCCCUGCCGUUCGCCCGCAUUAUCAGUACCAUGAGAACAAUAUGGCCGACUCUGCAGCUGCCAGCGACGGUGAGCAGAGCGAUGAGGAGGAGGAGGAAGAGGACGAUGACAAUGAAGAAGAGAGCCAGUAAUGAGAGACUGAAUAACAGGUCAAGGCAUUGGUGAUUCAAAGAGUUUCUAUUGGUAUGUGUUAGGGUUACAUUGCAACAACUUAGCUUAUAUUGAAUGCAAGCAGGAACUAUAUGUCUAGGCAGUAAUUUAUUGGCUAUCGUUUAUCAAAGUGAGAUCUCUAGGAGUAUAAUUAGUAACUAGUUAUGAUAAGCUCCCGCCCUGUACCAUGUGCUAGCCACAUAAUUUCAUGUCUCUUUAUCUAGUUACAAGAA